GUUCCACGUCAGUGUGGGCGCCUGGUCAGCGCCGCCGGCGGGUCUCUGAGGAAGCUGCGUCGCCGGGAGCCAGCGAGGGCGCCGGGGCUCGGACCCACGCCGCCAUGCCUCUCCGCCUUGAUAUCAAGAGAAAGCUGACUGCUAGAUCAGACCGCGUGAAGAGUGUGGACUUGCACCCCACAGAGCCAUGGAUGUUGGCGAGUCUCUACAAUGGCAGCGUGUGCGUCUGGAACCAUGAAACCCAGACCCUGGUGAAAACGUUUGAAGUGUGUGACCUUCCUGUUCGAGCCGCCAAAUUCGUUGCAAGGAAGAACUGGGUUGUCACCGGAGCGGAUGACAUGCAGAUCAGAGUGUUCAAUUACAACACCCUGGAGAGAGUUCAUAUGUUUGAAGCACACUCGGACUACAUCCGCUGUAUUGCCGUUCAUCCCACCCAGCCGUUCAUUCUGACUAGCAGUGAUGACAUGCUUAUUAAGCUCUGGGACUGGGAUAAAAAAUGGUCCUGCUCACAAGUGUUUGAAGGCCACACACACUACGUAAUGCAGAUUGUGAUUAACCCCAAAGAUAACAACCAGUUUGCCAGCGCAUCUCUGGACAGGACCAUCAAGGUGUGGCAGCUCGGCUCCUCCUCACCAAACUUCACUCUGGAGGGACAUGAGAAAGGCGUGAACUGCAUUGAUUACUACAGCGGUGGUGACAAGCCAUACCUCAUUUCAGGUGCAGAUGACCGGCUUGUUAAAAUAUGGGAUUAUCAGAACAAAACAUGCGUGCAGACACUGGAGGGGCAUGCCCAGAACGUGUCCUGCGCCAGCUUUCACCCUGAGCUGCCCAUCAUCAUCACAGGUUCCGAAGAUGGCACGGUGCGCAUCUGGCACUCCAGCACCUACCGGCUUGAGAGCACACUGAAUUACGGAAUGGAGCGGGUGUGGUGUGUGGCCAGUCUGCGAGGGUCCAACAAUGUGGCUCUGGGCUACGAUGAGGGGAGCAUCAUCGUUAAGCUCGGUCGGGAGGAACCUGCCAUGUCCAUGGAUGCCAAUGGGAAGAUAAUUUGGGCCAAGCAUUCAGAGGUCCAGCAGGCCAAUCUCAAAGCAAUGGGAGAUGCCGAAAUUAAAGAUGGAGAAAGGUUGCCUCUGGCAGUGAAGGACAUGGGCAGUUGUGAAAUAUACCCUCAGACCAUACAGCACAAUCCCAAUGGGCGGUUUGUUGUGGUCUGCGGUGAUGGGGAAUACAUCAUCUACACAGCAAUGGCCUUGAGAAACAAGAGCUUUGGCUCUGCCCAGGAGUUUGCCUGGGCUCACGACUCCUCAGAAUAUGCAAUAAGAGAGAGCAACAGUGUUGUAAAGAUAUUCAAGAACUUCAAGGAAAAAAAAUCGUUUAAACCAGACUUUGGAGCUGAAAGUAUCUAUGGAGGCUUCCUGUUGGGGGUGAGGUCUGUCAAUGGCCUAGCCUUCUAUGACUGGGACAAUACAGAGCUCAUACGCAGAAUUGAAAUUCAGCCCAAACACAUUUUCUGGUCUGAUUCUGGAGAGCUAGUCUGCAUUGCCACCGAGGAAUCAUUCUUUAUCCUGAAGUACCUGUCCGAGAAAGUCCUGGCUGCACAGGAAACCCACGAGGGAGUGACAGAAGAUGGCAUUGAAGACGCCUUUGAGGUAGGUUGUGGCUUUAAGCAGCAGGCUCUGACUGUGUCCACGGAUCCUGAGCAUCGUUUUGAGCUUGCUCUCCAACUUGGAGAGUUAAAAAUUGCGUACCAGUUAGCAGUGGAAGCAGAGUCAGAGCAGAAGUGGAAACAGCUCGCUGAACUCGCCAUCAGUAAAUGCCAGUUUGGCCUAGCCCAGGAGUGCCUGCACCACGCCCAGGACUACGGGGGCCUGCUGCUCUUGGCCACUGCCUCCGGAAAUGCAAGCAUGGUCAACAAGCUCGCAGAGGGUGCAGAGAGGGAUGGCAAGAACAACGUGGCGUUCAUGAGCUACUUUUUACAGGGCAAGCUUGAUGCAUGCCUAGAACUCCUGAUUCGAACCGGAAGACUGCCAGAGGCUGCCUUCCUGGCCCGGACCUACUUACCCAGCCAGGUUUCAAGGGUGGUGAAACUCUGGAGAGAGAAUCUUUCCAAAGUCAACCAGAAAGCAGCAGAAUCUCUUGCUGACCCAACAGAAUACGAAAACCUUUUCCCUGGACUAAAAGAAGCCUUUGUGGUUGAAGAGUGGGUGAAAGAAACGCAUGCUGACUUGUGGCCUGCCAAACAGUACCCACUUGUCACGCCAAAUGAAGAAAGAAACGUUAUGGAAGAGGCAAAAGGAUUCCAGCCCUCCAGACCCACAGCACAGCAGGAACUGGAGGGAAAGUCUCCUUCCCCCACUCCAGUUAUCUGCACCUCCCAGACGGCCACCAAGGAUGAAAAGAGCUUACUUGAACUAGAAGUAGAUUUGGAUAAUCUGGAAUUAGAAGAUAUUGACACAAUAGACAUCAAUCUGGAUGAAGACAUUCUGGACGACUGAUGUAAUCUUACUCCUUUUAUUAUUAUAUAAAGGCAUUGAUCCUCACCCUCACCUCAGUGCUCAGAACUCUGAGAAACUCCCUCAAUUUUUGUAUGUAAGCGCAGUCAGCCCAAAGGGUCAGCUCAGCCUCCUCCUCUUGAGGAAUUUAUGUGCAGCAUUUAAAUUACUAUGUUUCUUUGUUAGACCAUAUCCCAUAAACACCUUUUGAAUCAAUGAAAAA